AUUGCAAAAGUUGGCGCCUUGAGCAUCACGCAAAAAGUGAAAAUAGUGAUAAGGAAAUAUUUUUACAUAAUUAAUCACUGAAUAUCAAUUCAUUUCAGUGUUUAGUGAUUCACUUACUGAAUGAGAUUCUUGAGUAAACUCAUCAUCGGAGCAAUUUAUAUCAGCGGAGUCCCUCUAAUUUGUCGGUCACCGGCUAAAUUUAACCUUGCAGCAAUGUCAUCAUCCAGCUCAAAGAACGAACCCGGAACCCAUUCUGUGGCCUUUGUCACGACCCCAAAUGAAGCUCUGGCCAAAAAAUUGGCUCAUUUGCUGCUGAAUCAGAAGUUGGCUGCGUGCAUCAACAUCGUUCCACAAAUCACAUCCAUCUACGAUUGGGAGGGAAAAAUCAAUGAAGAUUCUGAGGUUCUCAUGAUGAUCAAGACCCGCACAAAUCGUGUUGAUGAAAUCUGCAAGGUAAUAAGGGACAAUCACUCCUACAGUGUAGCUGAGGUCAUUUCUUUGCCCAUCGACAAUGGAAAUCCACCGUACAUGGAGUGGCUGUCCAAGUCUGUUCCAGACAAAACAUAAACUGAAUAAUUGGUUGUUGGAUGCUGGACAUAAAACCUCUAAAAUCUCUAUAUUUGCUCUGAGAAAAUCUUCCACCAGGCAGACAUUUUACUGACUUUUAUAUAUAUAUAUUUUCUAGAUUCACCAUGAAUUGAUUGAUAACAAUGAUAACAAUAAAGAUGAUGGGAAUUGC